AUGUUGAUUACCAAAUUUGAAGCUAAAAGCAAGAGAGUAAAGGGUUUAUCGUUCCAUAAGUAUAGACCAUGGAUCCUAGCCUCUUUACAUAAUGGAAGCAUCAAUCUAUUUGAUUAUAGAGCAUCAGUUUUAAUCGAGAAAUUCGAAGAUCAUGAUGGUCCGGUUAGAGGUGUUAAUUUCCACGAAACUUAGCCUUUAUUCGUCAGUGGUGGAGAUGAUCACAAGGUAAAGGUCUGGAACUAUAAAACGAAAAAAUGCUUAUUCACUUUGAGCGGGCAUCUAGAUUACAUAAGAACUGUCGAGUUCCAUAAGGAGCUCCCUUGGAUAUGUUCAAGUUCAGACGAUCAAACAGUAAGAAUAUGGAACUGGUAGAAUAGAAGCGUUAUAGCUAUUUUGACAGGUCACAGUCAUUAUGUUAUGGCUGCUACUUUCCACCCUGAAGACACGCUACUUGCUUCAGCCUCGCUAGAUUAAACAAUAAGAAUUUGGGAUUUCUCAAGACUUAAGGAAAAAAGUAUGCAAAAGACUGGUAGCAGACCUAAUGAAAUAUUUGGAGGUACUGAAGUUGAAGUAAAGCAUAUUAUUGAGGGGCACGAUAAAGGAGUAAAUUGGGUUGCCUUUCAUCCAACAACAAAGAUUGUUGCCUCAGGAGCUGAUGAUAAAACUAUCAAGUUAUGGAGAUUAUCCGGCAACAAACAUUGGGAAAUGGACACACUUAAGGGACAUGCUAACAAUGUUUCAUGUGUUUUAUUCCAUCCAAGAAUGGAGAUAUUGAUAUCUAAUUCAGAGGACAAGACUCUUAGAUUCUGGGACUUAAAUAGAAGAGUUUAAAUCUCUCAAACCAGAAAAGAUACUGAUAGAUUUUGGAUACUAGCAGCUCACCCCUCACUGAAUUAUUUUGCAGCAGGUUAUGAUAAUGGAAUGAUAGUAUUCAAGAUCGAAAGAGAAAACUAUGCCUCAGUAAGAUCUGGUUCUCACAUCUUUUAUGUAAAAAACAAGAACUUGCAAUAUCAUGAUCUAUCAACCAAGGAAAAAUAAAUAAUGGCAGCAGUAAACACUAAUGGAAAGCAAGUUUUGCUCAAUUAACCAAAAUCAAUUUAUUACAACUACUUCAAUCAAUCCUCUCAUGACAUAAUUCUAAACUUUGAAAUAGAAAGCGGCUGCUUUAUCAUUUACGAAUUCCAUAAGGAUUUAAAGAACGUAAAGUGCAUUUCAGAAAAGAGAGGAGAUUUCACUAGUGCUGCUGUUUUCAUUUCUAAGGAUAAAAUAUGUGUUCUUGAUUAAAAUAAGGAACUAGCAGUUUGUAACUUUGAUGGUUCUAACCUCAAGAAACUCUAAGUAAACAAGAAAGGUCCAGGAAAGGUAGACAUGAUUUACCCAGGUCCUCUAGGCAAGGUUUUAAUUUACAGUGACGAUAGUCUUCAACUUUAUGAUAUAUCCGCAAGAAAGGUAAUGCAUGAAAUCGCAUGCAAUGAUGUCAAAUAGGUCAACUGGAAUGUCUAAUUCACUUUAUAGAUCAUUAUGACAAACAAGAAUCUUGAGAUUAUCAAUCAGCAAAAAGAAAACUCAAAAAUUAAGACUGGAUGUUUCGAUGAAAAUUAAGCAUUCAUUUAUUCAACAUCAACUCAUAUUAAAUACAUGUUCUGUGAGGGAAAAACUUCAGGAACAUUUAAGAGUUUAGAUGAACCAGUUUAUGUCUCUUUCUUUAUGAAAAAUUAAGCAUAUGCCUUCAAUAGACAAGGUGAACUCAAUCAAAUCGAGGUUAAUAAUACUGAUUAUCUAUUUAAACUAGCCCUUCAGCAAAAAAAUCUGAAUGAAGUUAAAGAAAUAUUAUCAUAAGGCAAUCUAUGUGGACAUUCAAUAGUCUCUUACUUGAAAGAGCAAGGACAUUCUGAAAUAGCAUUAUUUUUUGAAAGUGAUAUCAAGUAAAGGUUUAAUUUGGCCUUAGCUAGUGGAAACAUUUAGGUUGCAUUUGAAGCUGCAAAAGAGUUAAAAGAAAAGGAUAACUUCUAAAAACUUGCUUAGACAUCGCUAUUGCUAGGAAAUAUUGAUGCAGCAGAAAAAUGCUACUAAAUUACCAGAUCAUUUGACAAGUUAAAUUUCUUCUAUGCCUCUACUGGAAGUUUACAAAAACUAAAGAGAAUGUAAGCAGUUGCUCAAUCAGUGAAUGAUCAUACACUAAGAUUCAAUACAUCUAUAUUCACAGGAGAUGUAGCUGAGAGAGUCAAGGUCUUGGCAGAAACUGGAUAAAUUCCACUGGCUUAUUUGAUGGCUAAAACUCACGGUCUCAAAGAAUUCGAGCAAACUUUAGAGGAAUCUAUUAGAAGUAUGGAUGGAGUUGAUCCAGAAGCAAUAAUUAGAUAAGCUGAAACUUAUUCAAGAAGAGGUAAAGCCUUAUUGCCACUUAGACCUUUAUAUGUUUCAAAUGAAAAUUAUUAAUAAAGAGAAUGGCCUAUGAUUAGUAUGAGAGCAGAGGAGGCAAAAAGAGCAGCUUAAAUGUUUUAAAAGAAAAAGGAUCCAGAGCUUAAUGAUGGUGAUGAUACCUUUUUCGAUUCAAAGGAAUAUCACACUUCAAAUAAAUAGGUCGCCAACAUUCUCUCAAAUACAUAGCAAGAAAAUUCAAGUUAAUAACCCGCAGCAGGAGCAGCUAUUCUUGCAGAUAAUGAUGCUUGGGGUGGAGAUGAUAUUGACAUUGAUGAUGAUAUUCUCAAUCAGCCAGAGAAUGGAGGCAAUGAUGAUUAAAUAGUAUAGUCAAAUGAGUCUAAUUAAGAUAGCGAUAUUUUUGUUCCACCUUCUUAAGGUUCUGAUAUAUUGUAGAUCGCUCUGAAAAAGAAUCAGCAUAUUGCUAGUCUUCAUAUUGCCACUGGAGAUUUUGUGAAAGCAUUGGAAAUAUUAAAGAAAUAACUGGGAAUCGCUAAUUUUGAACCAUUAAAGUAACUCUUUGUUGACAUUUAUACCCUUGCAAAAAUUAAGAUAUAAACACUUCCACACACCUCUCCUCUAGAUUAUUAACUUAGAGGAAAUGGCCACGUUCCUUUUGUUCCUGUAAGCUAUCAGAAUAUAGUUCAAAAGUACACCAAUGGUAUUGAGUUAACAACUAAGGGAGAUUUCAAUUCAGCUCUAGAUUAAUUUAGAUCUUGUUUAUAAGCUUCAGUUAUGGUAGUACUUAAGUCUUAAAAAGAGCAAAAAGAUUUGUAUGAGCUUAUAAGGAAAAUCAGUGAAUACAUCACAGCUAUGAGAAUCGAACUGGAGAGGAAAAAGAUAGUUGGUUCUGGCUAAUAAACAGAGGAAGCAAAGACAAGAGUAGCAGAAUUAAGUUGCUAUAUGACUCUUUGCGGUAUGGAGAUAGCUCAUAAAUUCCUUGCCUACAAAAAUGCAAUGAAUACAACAUAUAAACUAGAGAAUCAUAUCACUGCAGCUCAUUUCGCUAGACAAGUUCUUGAUCUUGAGCCGACAGGAAUUUUCGCUAGCAAACCAGACACUGUUCCUACUUUCAAGAAGUACUAUCAGACUUUCCAAGCUAAGGGACAAAAUAAAUAUAAAUUGAAUUUCGACUCUCAAUUGAAUGUGUCCCUAAAGGAAAUUAAUGGCUAUCUAUGUACUGCAAGUCUACUUCCACUAGAAGAUACAAAGUAGCAAAGUAUUGUGAGAUGCCCGUUAGAUGGAAGCAUUUAUAACAAGAGCCAAGCAAAGCAGGUUUGCCAAACUUGCCUAUUAUGCAAGCUAGGAGAGGAAACUCUUGGACUCAACAACCUUCUCGAAGGUCAUUCAGAAUGA